AGUUGACACGUUGUAAAGAAAAACAGAUGAAGCUUGGUUGGGUUUUGUUGACAGUUUUAUUCAGAUCAGAACCAAAUGCUGAACUAGGAUUUGUGUAGUUUGGACUUUGUGUCAUUCUGUUCGUGUGGUUGUUGUUUUCGUCUGGGUCAUCAAUUCAACUCUUGUCAUUAUGUGUGGAAUUUUUGCUUACAUCAACCACUUGGUUCCUAAGCAACGGAAGGUCAUUUUAGAAACGUUGAUAAAUGGCCUGAAACGACUAGAGUACAGAGGGUACGACUCGGCAGGUCUUGCCAUUGAAGGGAGCAGCUCAUACCCUCUUGAGACCGGCAAGGAGCAAAUGACUCGAAUCAUUAAGAAGCAAGGAAAAGUCAAGGCGUUGGAAGAGGAAAUACAAGUACAAGAAGAUCUUGAUUUUGACCUUGUGUUUGACAUUCAUUGUGGUAUUGCCCACACACGCUGGGCUACUCAUGGUGUCCCCAACGCCAUCAACAGUCAUCCUCAUCGCUCAGGGGAACAAAACGAAUUUGUUGUGAUCCACAAUGGUAUCAUCACCAACUACAAGGACAUAAAGACAUUCCUUCAGACUAAAGGAUUCCGCUUCGAGUCGGACACCGAUACUGAAGUCAUUGCUAAGCUCAUCAAGUACAUCUACGACAGCCAAGGAAAUAAAGAUAUCUCCUUCAGAGAGCUCGUUGAGAGUGUCAUCCUUCAACUGGAAGGGGCUUUUGCAUUGGCUUUUAUGAGCACCAAGUAUCCAGGGCAAUGUGUGGCUUCACGUAGAGGGAGCCCUCUGUUGAUCGGUAUCAAGACUAAGCAGAAGUUGAAUAGCGACUAUGUUCCUAUUCUCUACAAGGAUGCCAUCACUGACAGUAGACCCAAUGCCAGCACAAUGCCUCGUUCUCUGAGCAUGAGUAAUUUUGAGAUUGUUGGAGAAUCCAAAGAGGCAGAGUACUUCUUUGCCAGCGAUGCCAGCGCCGUUAUCGAACACACAAACCGUGUCAUCUACUUGGAGGACAACGACGUAGCAGCGGUUCAAGAUGGAUGUCUUUCCAUCCAUCGUCUGAAGAAGGAAGAGGGAGACAUGAUGUCUCGUGAGGUAAAGACGCUCAAGAUGGAGUUACAACAGAUCAUGAAAGGUAACUACAACUACUUCAUGCAGAAGGAGAUCUUCGAACAACCUGAGAGUGUGAUUAACACCAUGAGAGGGCGUCUUAACUUUGAGGAUCACACAGUGAUACUCGGUGGUCUGAAGAAGUAUUUGUCAGAGAUGAAUCGUUGCAGGAGGUUGCUGUUUAUUGCUUGUGGUACGAGUUACCACUCGGCCAUGGCUACGAGACAAUUGAUGGAGGAGUUAACCCAGCUACCAGUCAUGAUUGAGCUGUCUAGCGAUUUCUUAGAUCGGCGUACCCCAAUCUUCAGAGAUGACGUCUGCUUCUUCAUCAGUCAGUCAGGUGAGACGGCCGACACGCUGAAUGCGUUGCGCUACUGUAAGGAACGUGGCGCCCUCCUAGUUGGAAUAACAAACACAGUUGGAAGUACAAUCUCCAGAGAGACGCAUUGUGGAGUGCACAUCAAUGCUGGUCCUGAGAUCGGAGUGGCAAGCACAAAGGCGUACACUAGUCAGUUCAUCUCAUUGGUGAUGUUUGCGUUGAUGAUGAACCAGGACAAACUCUCAACCACCGAGAGAAGAAAACAGAUCAUCAACGACCUCAGAAGACUUCCUGAUCUUAUUAAGGAGAUUUUGCAGCAGGAUGAUCAAAUCAAGAAACUCGCUGAGGAACUAGUCGAAGAGAAGAGUAUCUUAUUGAUGGGUAGAGGAUUCAACUUUGCCACAUGCCUUGAAGGAGCGCUGAAAAUCAAGGAGUUGUGUUAUUUACACUCUGAAGGGAUCUUGGCUGGGGAGCUCAAACAUGGUCCCUUGGCCCUCGUGGAUGAAGAUAUGCCAGUUAUUCUCAUCGCAAUGAAGGACGGAACCUACACGAAAUGCCAGAAUGCGCUUCAUGAAGUUCUAGCCAGGAAGUGUCGUCCGAUCGUGAUUUGCGACAAGAAGGAUUUGGAGAUGCAAGGACAUGCUUCUCGUUCCAUUGGAAUUCCUGGAUGCGUUGACUGUCUUCAAGGAAUCCUAAGUGUCAUUCCACUGCAGCUUCUUGCAUUCCAUGUUGCUGUACUCCGAGGAUUUGAUGUUGAUUGCCCUAGGAACUUGGCCAAGUCAGUGACUGUGGAGUAAGGAUCCCAGUGCUCAGGUUGCCUUGGGGCGAAAGGACCAAGUGGGACAAAGUGCAGUUUUGUUCACCCGUUUCGUUGGCGUUUCUGACCAGGGAAUCCAAUAUCAUAGAACUGCUUCGACAAAAAAAAAGGAGCACAGCACAGUUUGCCUAUUGAAUAAGGUUACCAGCCAAAAAAAACCAUUCCAUAUGUAUCAUUCGCUUCAUUCAAAACCACAGGGAAUGAUAUUUAAUGGUCACAUAGUAGGAGGGUUAAGUUUUCCGGUUAUGGGGUGGAUGUUUAAAACUUAAGGAGAUUGGUUUCAAACCAAUAUAAAGGUUUACUGGAAUCCAAUGAAAUAGAUAAGAUUAUUUUUUUAUUUUCUGUAUCUCAUGUGCAUCCCCUACUUAAUAAUACACAGUUAUUUGAACUUACCUAUUAUUAAUAAUUUAGGUAUUCCGACAAAAGAUUUGCAAUGAAAUGAACUUUUAGACCUCUCAUUUAACCAGAAUUCUUGAUAUUUUGAUACAACACAUGAAUUAUUUCAAAACAUUUAUAUUUUAUCUUUAAAGAUGGGUUUUUAUCACAGUGCUAGGUCAGUGUACUUAAAUGUGUUCAAAUUUGGAUCAAGCCUUUGAAUAUUUCAUUUGUAAAUUUCAUUGUUGAAAAGCGCAGUUCUGUUUUGUUCACUUUAAAAUAUGUUGACAACAUUGGUAAUUGUCAUAGACCAGUAUCUGCACUUUGUGUGACCAAUCAUAUACUGAUAAUAACAAACAGGUAAAAGUUGAAAUUUGAUGUUCAUCGCUUUAAGAAAGCUGUGAAAUUGCCACCAUUGUUUUCAUCAAAUUUCUAACUUGCUUGAUUAAAACUAAUUGUUACACUUAUUAAAACUAUAAAAUUUGAGGCAAGACUAUUUCACAAGAAGUUUUCCACAAAGACUUUCUUGAUACAUGUAUAAGUCAAAUGCAUAUUUUUGGUCAUUUAUUCUGUCAAUCUUACCAAUGUUGUACAUACCCUUCAAAGUAAUGUAUGUGAGAAGCAAAAGGUUUACAAAAAAAAUGCUUGUACGAGUGCAAGAGAUGAUAUUAAAUAGAAAGAAUAAUAAUCUAUAUAGUGAUUAAAAUUAUGUAUUCAUUAAACAAAACAUUCCAGGUUGAUAGAGGCCGAGUCCAGAUGCUACGAGGUUAAGUGAGAGCGAAGCCUGGGUCAUACUGCAAAUGCCAGUGUGAUACAAUACAAACUUUGAUGUCACAAAUUCGCAAUGAAUAACUCAUAGUACAGUAGUUGAACUGUGUUCACCUCCUGUGGAACAUUCGCUGCGAGGGCAGCCAUUUGACUUCAAAAUUCUCUUCGCAUUGGCAAGGAAGUAUGAACCGGGCUUAUUAGUGGCUGAUGUUUUUUUUUGUUUUUUUUCUUCAAAUCGGACAAAGUUGGUUUGAAUUUGUUUAGUUGUCUUAAAAAGCUGUCUUGUAGACAGAAUUAUGAUUGAGGUCUUUCAUUUAUAUUAGUGCCUUAGAGCUGAGCCAAUUUCAUAGCGCUGCUUAACGUAAGCAAUUGUUUGAGCUUCCUUUAGUUCCACAGGUUGGCAACAAAUCAUCGGUGGCCAGCUUGUGCGUUCACCAUGGAUUUGCCUUGCUUUGUCGCUAAUUUUUAUACAGCAAGCAACAUAAGGACGACAGACCUUUUUGUGUGCUUAGCAGCUUGCUUAGCAGCACAGUAAGCACAAAAUUGGCUGCUAGGCAGCUCUGUGAAAUAUGGCUUGAUGAGCAGGGAAAAUAAUGCAAAGGGCCUUGAUGUAGCUCCUAGGAUGUAUGGCUAUAUUUUAAGAACCAUAUAUUAUUAUUAUUUUCGUAUUCAUUUUGCAGCUCGUAGUUCUGAACUAUUCAAAAUUUAUAAACAGUAUACUACAUGUAGAUUUGUUGUUUAAUUAAUAUCUUGUUUAUUUAAUUUGUAGUGUACAUUUGUACAAUCUAGGUUUACUACUAACAAGUUUUAUUUCAUGGGUAAAAUAUUAUGUAACUGUAUCAGUUAGAUAAAAUACACGUAGACCAUGGGACCUGGGAGACACCCACUUCAUGUUGUCAAUUUUAACAACCCAGUUCCUGCUGUGUAAGCUAUUAGUUUUACAACUCUUGAUUUGAUGUUUUGAAACAGAAUAUAAAAUGCCAUAUGCCCAGUGUCGUGUGUUGCCUGCCCCGAAAGGCUAUGGAAUGGGUUUUAUGUUGUAAGAACGGUCUCAUCACGAGUGCCUAUUGUUAGCACUCUAAAUGCUUCAUUAUCAAGCUCAAAAUCACAACUACAACCUUCGAAAUAACCUUUCAAGUAGAUGCUCGAAAAAUCAGCGUCUUGUGUUUUGUUUGUUUGUAAGAAACACCUUGAUUUGCCAUAUUCAGUCGGCGUAUUGUCAUGAGAUAAAAGGACUUGAAGAGGUUCCAGUAUUCACGGUAAUUGCCGCUUGUGCCCACAUUAAAUCAAGUGAAACAGGCAAUACUUCUUGAAGACAAUACAGGUGUAAUCAGUGAUGUACCACAAAGUCACUGAAGCGCAUAUUUUUUUUAAAGCAGCUCUAUUUAAGAAACAUCGAGCAGAAAUUUGCUGUUCUCAGAGAUUACUGGGUCCUUUUUUAUUUUUUUUUUAAAGCUGCUUCAUCAGCUCAAAACAUAGCUAAGCACAACAAAGUAAUGCUGACCAGCCUAAGGUUACCAGCUAAAAUACCAUUUCACAUGUAUAAUUUGUGACUGGUUUCCUGCUCGUUUUCGCUUAGCAGCAAACUAUUAAGCAAUAUAUUCUGCUUAAG